UCAACAUCUUUUAGGUUCAUCAUAACUGAACGAGGAAAUCAUUUGUCUCAACUAAUAAUUGGUUCCAAUCUAAACGACAACAGAUGGCAUCACAUCGAAGUGUUACGCAUUGGAAGAAUUAAUGAAAUAUUUUUAGAUGAAGAAAGAAAAACAUUGUUAUUGCCAUCAGAUUUUAGAACGUUGUCCGUGAAUAAAGUAUUUUUCAUUGGUGGUUAUAACCACGCCCGGUUACCUUAUGUAAGAAACAUGAUCUCACUUAGCUCUAAUUAUACCGGUUGUUUAAAAAUAAAACACAUUAAUAAUCGAGAUCCGGUUGUUCAUAAUAAGAAAAGCAUCGGACAUAAAUUAGCGACAUCAUUAGGUAUGAUUACAAUCGGAUGUUCUAAUAAAACGGUAUUAACAUUCGGGUUUAAGAAACCAUCAUCAAAGUUGUCAAUCAACAUUUUACAGCAUAUAAACAAAACAUCAUCACGAUUCUCAAUGUCUUUGCGAACUUUUAAUCUUAAUGGUAAAAUCAUCUAUGCUAACACUCGAAGCUGCAUAUUAAAAAUGUUGUUACGAAAUGGGAGAUUGUUCAUAGCUGUCACAUCUAACAGUGAGAACUUGAUCCUCGCUAACGUUGAAUCUAAAUUAACAAUUAACGAUGGAAAAUGGCACGAUGUAAGUUUCAUUAUGACUAAAAAAGAAAUAUCAUUAUUAGUUGACAGGGAGCCUGCUUUUACAGACACUCUAUCCAAAAACAAUGAUUGUUUUCCGCAUUUUCAAACGAUUCUACUUGGUGGAAAGAGCAGUUAUAACCGAGAAGGCUUUGUAGGAUGCAUUAGGAAACUAGUAGUUGAUCAAUAUAAUAUCCGAAUGGAGAAAAAUAAAGAAUAUAUACUACGUAAAGGCAAUAUUGACCAACAAUGCACAUUAAUUGAUAAGUGUUAUCCAAAUCCAUGCCGAAACAAUGGUAUAUGUUCCCAACAUUGGACAGGAUAUAAAUGCGAUUGCUCAAAAACGGCGUUUUAUGGUAAAAACUGUGAUCAAUCGAUAUACAGAUCAUCUUGCGCAGCAUAUCAGCAGUUAGGAUUAGAUGAAACAUCAUACUGUCUUGUUGACACAGACGGAACAGGUGAAAACCCUCCUUAUACAAUUUUUUGCCAAUUUGACUUAACGAGACAAGCAUAUACAACAAUUCAUCAUAAUAAAGAAAAAGAGUUUUCAGCGACGGACGGAGAAGAGACAUUUCAGCAUUACACGUUUCAUAAGUUCAAAUAUGAUGUUGAUAUGAACAAAAUUGAAGAUCUGAUUCAAAGAAGCAAAUCGUGUAGACAAAAAGUUAUUUUUAGAUGCUACAAAUCAGCUCUGACGAAUGGUCCACACGGUCCACCGAAUGUCAGUUGGAAAUCUAGAUCAGGAAAUGUUCAUAGCUACUGGGGCGGUGUUGUCGAAAGCGGGGCAGGAUGCAGGUGCGGAUUGAACAAUUCUUGCUUACAAAGACAAAAACUCUGUAACUGCGACUCUUUAAGCAAUGAAUGGUCGGAAGAUUCUGGCUACCUGACAGAGAAAAACAAGCUACCUUUAACUAGAUUAAAUGUCGCCGGUAUAAGAGAUAACCUCGGGUACUUCACCAUCGGACCUUUGGAGUGUUUUGGAAAUAACAAUGAAAAAGUAUUAAAUGAAGAAGGAAGACCACUGGAUUUAUUGAAGCGUGUGUGUAUAUCUGCAAAAGAAAAAGUUGAGCUUAUAGAAAACGCAAAUAACACAAAAAUAAAAGUAUCAAAAAUACAGCCACGGCAACCAGAGAUAUUAAAAACAACUGAAAGACUAUCCUUAAACGACUCGACCACCACACGCAUUAACAACACUAAAUUUAAGCAAAAAUCAGCAGGCGAUGAUAAUUCACUCUCCGCCUUAGAAGUUGUUUUAAUCUCCGUGGCGGUGAUUGCUGUCGUUAUAUUAGUAAUAAAGUUCGUUUUUUGUCGAAUUUUUCAUAAAUUACACGGUCAACUUAUUUUAAAUCAUGAAAUGGACAUGACUAAAGACGAUCCUUCUUCAUUGUCAAAUAUGGGCACAUUGAAAGAUAAGCCAAAAUCACCAUUAAAACCUUACUGGGUUUGAAGAAAAAGAAAAAAUGAGUGAAAAAAAACGAGUGACAUAUUUAACGAAUAACAAUUGACUUGAAUAGAGUGUAGAUUGACAAUCAUAAUAGAAAAAUGGCGCGAAAUUAACUAAUAGUACACACAACAGCUUCGUUUCACUCAUACAAUAUAAGAUGUCUAAAGACAAAUUUUGUAUAGACGGUUAAACGAAGGUAUUAUAAAGGCUUUCACCUGUUUUUCUUAUCUUUUUACUUGUCGCUGUUAUUAUGUUGUAUUUUGCUUAGGUAUUAGUAUUAUUAUUUACGAAUAUUUCCAGAGGAUAACCAUUCAAAAAUAAGUACAAUAUUUACAAAUAUAUGUAUAAAUUUUGUUUUCCAACGGGUACUCCCCCUCCCCGUGUUUAAAAAAAAAAUAAGUAAGUAAAUAACUUAAAGUAAGUGAGUAAGUAAUUUAUUUAGGAAUUUUAGGCCCCCAAUUAAAAAAUUCUCCCCGCGAUCCCUGAGUAAGUAAGUUAAAGUUAGUAAGUAAGUAGGUUACACAAGUUGGCAUAAACAAUGUGAUCUUAAUAAGAUAAAUUACUAGGCAAGAG